UCGCGACAACACUUGCCAGAUACCCAGCGCCACCACUUCAGCAAUUCGGCGGGCACUGUUGCGAACUGGUGUCCCGCUCAUACGAACCGACACAUCCUACCCAGCCAUCGAAGGGCUCAGACCCGCGACACCAGACCGCGACGCGGGCCCAUCCUACUACACCUUCACAAACCGCCCAUCAUGUCAUCAAGGCAGGCAGCGCUAUCCCUCUAUCGCCGCUGUCUGAAGCUUGCCCUCGACUGGUCAGUCCACCGCCACCUCUGGCGUGGCCAGGCGCUCUACAUCCGCUCUCUGUUUGAGGCGAAGCGGAAUGUCACCGAUCCGAGAUUACAACGGGCGCUGUUGAAGGAGACGGAGAAUCUGCUGGAGAAAUGGAAGCACCCGGAUCCUUACUGCCAUCCGACUGCUCCUGGAGGUGCGCAGUUCCCCCAUAAUCUCGCUGUGCAUCCUCAUGUCAUGCAUUGGUCGCCCUGGUGGGCAUAGCUCACAAAUGAAUUGCGCAGGCUCCAAGUACGAGAGAAACCUCCCCGUUCCUCAUUUAGAUCCUCCCCCGCCGCUCAAGUUCUGAUGAUUAUUUGCGAGCUGGGUUUGGGCUGUGCAUAUGGUUUAGAGGUCAAUAUGGGAUAGAAGAUUUUGAGAUUGCAUCUUCUGCCCUAUUUCGUGAUUCUUGACGCUCGACCUUCAACGCAAUAUCCUCAUCCAUAGAUCGUGGGCACAAGUCCAGUCUGAGACUUUGGGACAGCUCACGGGACACACACUGUUGUCAUUUUUUGCGGCAGACACAAGCCCGGUUGAUGCCGCAAU